GGUCGAUGAAGUCCGGCAUGAGCGUGAUUGCACCGAUACAGCCCGUAUCGAGCCCAAAAGUCAUGCCGCCGAUAGACACAAAGGUAGCGAGCGCCCAAACUCUUUUGCCAAUCAUGGCGGAUGAGGCGCGCGUCGUUGUAGCGUGGGCGUCGGUCUCGAAUGAGCUGAUCUGACUCCUGCAGCUUAUACCUAUCAGCAGCAGAGGUCCUGCUAGCUGGGAUCGUCGCCUGUUCGCCCACCCGCUGUGGUCGUCUGUGAACGCCAAGUCAAGCAAGACGUGGAUUGCGGCUCGGUCUCUGUCACUGCAGCGAUGCUUUGGCUUUGGCUGGCCUUGCUGAUCUCCUCGGCAGGCUCGCCAGCCUUUGCGAAGCCCAUCUCGCUUUCGUACAGCUCCUGCUUGUCAAGCUCGAGCAGUGCACCGCUUGCAAAUCAGCUCGUCUUUUCUCGCAUCGUCGGUCAGCUCGACUCUGGACAGACAGAAGCCGGUGUGGCCGGCAACAACGUAGGAGAAUCAGUGCUCCGCUUGGUCGCAUUUGGCGAUGUCGAAGUACAAGGGUCAGGCUUCAGCAACUCGACCAAUUAUCUCGCCACCUUGCUGGUCGACUCGAGAGUACUCACCUUUACGGCUUUCCAGAAUCAAUCUGCGCUAUGUCAAUCGAUACGUAAUCCUACGUUUGGCGCAGGAACAGGCUCGGGAUGUCCUUAUGGGCCAGGCUCGAUCGCCUUGGGCGUCCGAGUGCCGCUCGCACACGAAUACAGCCUUACCACCGUGCAAACUCGCUUGACCGUACUCGACACUGCCACACCACCUGCUGAGCUUGCUUGUCUUGACAUCUCAGCGACGCCGUACUAUCCCGAUACAUGGGAAUACGCCCUCGUGCUGUGGUUCACCGCGGGACUCGCCAUCGCGUACGCUGUCUUGACAUGGACAGCCCGGCUCUGGGCCAGCUGGCAGAGUACGCUGCUCGACAGAGAAGCGCUCCUCGCCACUUCGCUCUCUGCCCGUCUCAGUCCCGAAAGCUGGCGAGAACGAUGGGGCCCUAUUUUUUGGCGCACGGCGGCAGGCAGUGAGCUCCAAGCAAGCACUGCGCUCGUUCGCCUCGUCACGCCCUGCGCUCGCGAUAUCGUCUGGCUCACUCAGUGGCUCAUUGCAAUUGGCAUGGUCGCCGUGCAAUGGCCGCAGUUUGCGUAUCCCAUCUUUGCGAAAGCGGCCUGGUCUAUGCUCGUCUUCAAUACAACAAUCACGCAAGGCUCAGAUACUGAGGGCAAGUUCUUCGAUCCUUUGUCAAGUGAUUACGUAGACGCACGCCUCUUCACUUCUCAGGUCGCUGAGCCUGCUUCGCCACUCUACCUUGAUACUGCUCUGCCAAACGUGCUCCUCAAUCUCAACAAUAGCAAGAGAGGCAUCGAGAGUGUCGCUGCAAGCAUUGGCGUCAGACCACAGGACAUGUUCGGUUCAGUCGGUGUACUCUUCCUUGCCCUCAUUGCGGCCGUGCUCCUGCUGUCCGGUCUUGGCUUGCUGUUCGAUCAAGCUACAUUUGAUCUUUUCCUGCCCGCUCUGUCGCGGCGUCCUUUCAGGAAGACUCAAGCAAGGCAGCCGAUACGUAGCGUAACAGGCGCAACCAAUGCUUCCCAGUCUGUCCUGGGCGACAAAGAAGACAUGCGAUCGGAGACCCCCAUGGCUGCUCAGCCCCUGAUUGACACUGGCUAUCAGAGCUCGACGCAUCAUCUCUCGUACGGCAGUGGACCUCAUGCAGGCCCAAAGCGACCAGACACGCCCAAUGGAAUCGACAGCUGGUGGACUAGUCAGGAUACGCGCAAGAGCAGGACUGUCGCAAUCAAUCGUCACUCUCGACUGGCGUUCGGGAACUGUCUGCGCAUCCUGCUGCUCUUUCACUUCCCGAUGACGUUGCUAGCAGUCUACCAGCUCACCCUGGCCAAGACGACUGCCUCGAUCGCAUCUGUCGCAAUGGCUGCGCUCAGCCUUGCUUUCGUCUCGCUGGCUUGGCCGAUUGCUGUCCUCGCGAGAAUUCAUCGCAAGCCAUCCAGCAAACUUCGGGACAAUAUACCCACCAUACUUGCUUACGGUCCUGCUUACAACGUCUUCGGCGAAGGCAGCUAUAGCUUCAUGUCGGUUCGCUUGAUUGGGAACCUCAUUCUUGGUGCUGUCAUCGGAGGCGCCCAGUCAUCGGGCAUGGCUCAGGCGGUCGUCAUAUUAGUUGUCGAGAUAGCAGAUACACUCAUCACUAGCUUGUGGCUCCCAUGGGGUGAUGGCGCGGCGAUGGGUCUUUUGUCGUUCAUCUUCUCGGUAGCACGCAUCAUAACGGCCAUCAUGCUCGUCGUGCUCAGUCCUACCGUCAACGUCGGCAUCGCAGCGGCAGGCUGGGUCGCCUAUGCCGCGCUUGUGAUCAUCGCCGGGAUGUUUGUGAUUCUCUUUCUCAUGUUCAUCGUCAAGCUGGUCGAAUUCGGUGUCCGCGCGACCGGGCCCGUGCCCUUUGAAGAGGCUAAACACGGUCGCGGUGCGGGUUUGCGAGGUGCUUUACAGCGAUGGGAGCGCGGUGGUCGCGGUCAGACCUUGCGCAGCGAUAGACGGCGUCAGCAGGUCAUUGCAGCUCGCCAACAUCAAAGUCGCAACUCGAGAGGCUCAUCUGCUUUGCAUCUCAUCGCGCCACCUCGUACGGAUGGACGACCGCAGUCGAUGCAGACUAUUUCCGACAUGACCACCUACUCUGGCUUCCAAGGGGUACCGCUAUCUCCGGCAAGUAAUAUGCGCGCGAUGUCUGGUACAGACUCGUAUCGGAAUUCGUCUGGCUGGCCAGAAUACGAUCCGCGACGAAGCUAUUUCAUGCCUGAGCCCGAGCCACACCAGCAGGGGACUGGUUUCGCAGUCGUAAGAGGAGGAAGAGCAUCCGAUCAGGCACCGUACACUGUCGCAGGUGGACCGCCACCGCAUUCGGCCGCAUCUAGCUCAACACAACGUCCCCUGGCGAGCGAUGAUAGACCGAUGAGCACUGCGGAUUUCUACAGACGAUCGGACUAUUUCGGGCAAGGUCACGUCAAUCCCAGCGUAUCUCACCAAGGUCCAGAAUCAAGUGGGUUGCAUUCCAACGCUACCGUCAUGGCGCCGCCACGACCGCCUAACUUCCUGUCGAAUUCGUACUACGCGGCGCCGGCAGGUACCGAGCGGCUUCCCGUGCCGCAGCGCAAGAAGAAAGGCCUCUUGCAACGAAUGCAGCGCAGACGGCCAGGCGAGUCUGACGAGUCGUCUGACGAUGAGGACGACUCCCCUCGUUCGCGCUGGCUUACAGGACUCUUCGGCCGCAAGUCUCGCAGAGGUGUGCUUUUUGAUGACGACGCAGAGAUGGACGACGGUGCUUCGAGCAGCGCUAACAAGGCCUCCUUUAGCGUCGUGCGACAGCCUCGUCCAACGGCACCGCAGCGACAAUCUGUCGUGCCCGAGAUCGACAGCGCGCCUUCCCCUAGUGCGGAAACAGCGCCCGAAGGUGCCGAAGACCUCGAAGUGUUGCAUGACUAUCCUGCGCAGUUCAGACGAUCCCUGCCACCUGGCGCAGCUGCUGGUCGUGCGACGCCGAGAGAUGACGAAUCUGAAGAUUGGCAUGAUGCCCCAACACCAUCUGUCGAAUCUUUUCAUGAAGCUGCCUCGACUGUAGGCCAUUAGACGAUAUAACGAAUUUGCCAAUUGUUGUUUGUUUCGGGCAAGCUUGGCAUUGCACCCUGUAAAUACGACCAACUAUCCAGAUCAUAUU